UUGGGCCAACCAAGGUGGUCAGUUAUGGCUUACCCUUGUUCUAACAAGGCCUUAGGUUGCUACCUCUUAUUUUCCAUUGUUAUAUCUUUCUUUUCAACCUUUUCUCGUGCUCAUUUUGAUCAUGGAUUUAUCCAUAUUGAACCAAUAAUAUUCCCAAACGUUGAUGCUUAUGCACCCACACUUGAAUUUGAUACUAUUGCACCAACUCCAAAAAUUGAAGAUGAUUCACAACUUGCUCCACCACCCGAAGUUGGUGCCAUUCCACCAACUUUUGAAGUUCAAAAUGAUGCACCACUUGUAAAUGAAAGGCUAAAAAAGGCCUAUGUUGCUCUUCAAGCAUGGAAAGAGGCUAUUUACUCUGACCCUUUGAACACAACUGGUAAUUGGGUUGGUGAAGAUGUCUGCUCCUACAAUGGUGUGUUUUGUGCUCCCGCCAUUGAUGAUCCCACAUUGAAUGUGGUUGCUGGUGUUGAUCUCAACAAUGCGGACAUUGCUGGUCACCUCCCAGAAGAGUUAGGCAACUUGUCAGAUAUUGCACUUUUCCACAUUAACUCCAAUAGAUUUUGUGGAAUUGUGCCAGAGACCUUGGAAAAUCUCACACUUCUUCAUGAGUUUGACAUUAGCAACAAUCACUUUGUUGGUGGUUUUCCAUCUGUGGUUCUCAAAUGGCCAAACUUGAAGUACUUGGAUAUCAGAUACAAUGACUUUGAAGGACCCUUACCUCCAGAGCUAUUUGAGAAGGAUCUUGAUGCAAUAUUUUUGAACAAUAAUCGUUUCACGUCUAUCAUCCCAGACACUCUAGGAAAAUCCAAGGUCUCAGUUGUGACCUUUGCUAACAACAAAUUCACGGGUUGUAUUCCAAAGUCUAUUGUGAACAUGAAAAACAUGAAUGAGAUUGUGUUCAUGGGCAAUGACCUUGGAGGUUGCUUGCCACAAGAGAUUGGAUUGUUGGAAAGCAUAACUGUUUUAGAUGCUAGUCAUAAUGGUUUUGUAGGGACUCUUCCUAACUUGUCAGGACUGAAGAAUGUUGAGGUCAUAGACAUUGAACACAACAAGCUUAGUGGAUAUGUGUCUAACAUUGUUUGCCAACUUCCUUUGCUGAAGAACUUCACAUUCUCUAACAACUACUUCAAUGGGGAAGCUCAAACUUGUGUGCCUUCAUCUAAUUCAUUGGUGGCUUUGGAUGACUCAAAAAAUUGUUUAUCAGGAAGGAAGAAUCAAAAGUCAUCUAAGCAAUGUUUGUCGGUGCUAACUCGCCCUGUGGAUUGUAGCAAACAUUGUGGUGGAGGCAAAGGUAAUGACAAUGGUAAUAGCAAUAGCCAUGUCCCCUCAACACCAAAGCCAACACCAUCACCUUCACCUAUCCCAGAGCCACCCAAGUCUGACCCUCCUAGGCCUGAGAUAUCAAAGGUUCAACCACCCCUAACUCCAGAGGUCAAGCCACCCCCAACACCAAAGGCUCAACCACCCCCAACACCAAAGGUUGUACACUCACCACCACCUCAUAUGUCCUCCCCACCUCCCCCUGUUCACUAUCCUUCACCACCUCUUAUGUCCUCACCACCUCCACCAGUCUACUCCCCACCACCAGUUAACUCACCACCACCCCAUGUGUCUUCACCACCUCCACCAACCCCUAUGUCCUCACCACCUCCACCAAUCUACUCCCCACCACCUUUUGUGUCCUCACCACUUCCACCAGUUAACUCCCCACCACCCUCUAUGUCCUCACCACUUCAACCAGUCAACUUCCCAUCACCACCCCAUGUAUCCUCACCACCUCCACUAGUCCACACCCCACCACCACCACCAGUUAACUCUCCAUUACCCCUCGUGUCCUCACCACCUCCACCAAUCUACUCUCCACCACCACCACCAAUCAACUCUCCUCCUCCACCAACACUUAUUCUCUCUCCAUCUGCCCUAGUACAUUCUCCACCACCACCUAUUCACUCACCCCCUCCACCAAUUUACUCUCCACCACCACCAGUUAACUCCCCACCACCCCCCGUGUCCUCACCACCUCCACCAGUCUAUUCUCCACCACCACCACCAAUCAAUUCUCCUCCUCCACCAACACCUGUUCUCUCUCCAUCUCCCUUAGUACAUUCUCCACCAUCACCUGUCCACUCACCUCCUCCACCAAUUUACUCUCCACCACCACUAGUUAACUCCCCACCACCCCCCGUGUCCUCACCACCUCCACCAGUCUACUCUCCACCACCACUACCAAUCAAUUCUCCUCCUCCACCAACACCUGUUCUCUCUCCAUCUCCCCUAAUACAUUCUCCACCACCACCUGUCCACUCACCUCCUCCACCAAUUUACUCUCCACCACCACCAGUUAACUCCCCACCACCCCCCGUGUCCUCACCACCUCCACCUGUCUACUCUCCACCACCAUCACCAAUCAAUUCUCCUCCUCCACCAACACCUGUUCUCUCUCCAUCUCCCCUAAUACAUUCUCCACCACCACCUGUCCACUCACCUCCUCCACCAAUUUACUCUCCACCACCACCAGUUAACUCCCCACCACCCCCCGUGUCCUCACCGCCUCCACCAGUCUACUCUCCACCACCACCACUAAUCAACUCUCCUCCUCCACCAACACUUGUUCUCUCCCCAUCUCCCCCAAUACAUUCUCCACCACCACCUGUUCACUCACCUCCUCCACCAGUUUACUCUCCACCACCACCAGUUUACUCUCCACCACCAACAUGGGAUGAUGUUGUCCUCCCACCCCACUUUGGAUCUUCAUACCAGUCACCUCCUCCACCAACAAUUGCUGGCUACUAAAACAGAAAGGUGCAAUGCCAUUAAAAUCUGUCUUUGUUUUCCCUAUAGUUCCAAAGAGAUUUUUGUGCAAAGCUGAACUUCAUCUUCGUGAAUUCUAAUUAUAUAAUAUAUACUCAUUUCCAAUCCAA